GCUCCGCCCCCGGGGUUUUGUAUAGGGUCACGUUGCGCUGCAGCAGGGAAACAGGGGACUCCUGCAUCUCAACCGCACCGCUCAUACACCUGCAUACUCUGCUCCGUCACCAACCCGCAGCCACCAUGACUCACCAGUAUCCAGCACUGACUCCUGAACAGAAGAGGGAGCUGCAGGACAUUGCCCAGAGAAUAGUAGCACCUGGGAAGGGCAUCCUUGCAGCUGAUGAAUCCACUGGCAGCAUGGCGAAGCGUCUCAACCCUAUCGGUGUUGAUAACACGGAGGAGAACAGGCGCCGCUACCGUCAGCUGCUGUUCACUGCUGACCAGCGUAUUGACAAAUGCAUUGGAGGAGUCAUCUUUUUCCAUGAGACCCUGUACCAGAACACAGAUGAUGGCAUUCCAUUUGCCAAGCUGAUCAAAGACCGUGGCAUUGUUGUUGGGAUUAAGGUAGACAAAGGUGUUGUGCCGUUGGCUGGAACAAAUGGAGAGACCACCACUCAAGGUCUGGAUGGACUGUCUGAGCGCUGUGCCCAGUACAAGAAGGAUGGGGCGGACUUUGCCAAGUGGCGCUGUGUGUUGAAAAUCUCCGAUACAACACCAUCUGAACUGGCCAUCUAUGAAAAUGCCAAUGUGCUGGCAAGAUAUGCUAGCAUCUGCCAGCAGAAUGGUAUUGUUCCUAUUGUGGAGCCAGAGAUCCUUCCUGAUGGGGACCAUGACUUGAAGCGUUGCCAGUAUUCAACUGAGCAGGGUAGGGCAACUGUUCUUGCUGCCUGUUACAAAGCUCUGUCUGACCACCAUGUGUACCUGGAGGGGACCCUACUCAAGCCCAACAUGGUAACUGCUGGACAUUCCUGCCCCACCAAAUACUCCAGUGAGGAGAUUGCCAUGGCAACAGUUACUGCCCUUCGUCGCUCUGUGCCCCCUGCUGUCACAGGAGUGACUUUCUUGUCUGGUGGGCAAUCUGAGGAGGAGGCCAGUAUGAACCUAAAUGCCAUUAACGUCUGCCCCUACAUCAAACCAUGGGCUCUGACCUUCUCCUACGGCCGUGCCCUUCAGGCCUCUGCCCUGAAUGCAUGGAGAGGAGAGCAGAGCCAAGAAAAGGCAGCCACCGAAGAGUUCAUCAAACGUGCUGAGGCUAAUGGCUUGGCGGCUCUUGGAAAAUAUGAAUCUUCUGGAACUUGCGGUGCAGCUGGAAAGUCUCUCUAUGUAGCAAACCAUGCCUAUUAAACAUCAAUCUACCACAUUCAUUGUGGCCUACCAAUAGUCUUAUACUGUAUUCACUGUAUUCAGCUUUCCCCUCACUCCUCCAUCAAUUACAGGCCUGCGCUGUCUACUGUACUUUAGAGUUGUAAGAUUAAAGUUAUUAGAUGUA